AUGAAUAUUCGCUGUGCAAAACCCGAAGAUCUCAUGAACAUGCAACAUUGCAACUUGCUAUGUUUACCAGAAAACUAUCAGAUGAAAUACUACUUUUAUCAUGGCUUGAGCUGGCCACAGUUGAGCUAUGUAGCUGAAGAUGAUAAGGGCAAUAUUGUGGGCUAUGUACUUGCAAAAAUGGAGGAGGACAAUGAAGAGAUGAAACACGGGCAUAUCACAUCACUCGCUGUCAAACGCUCACAUCGUCGUCUCGGCCUGGCGCAGAAACUGAUGGAUCAAGCUUCAGAAGCAAUGGUAGAAUGCUUUGACGCUAAAUAUGUAUCGCUACACGUGCGUAAAAGCAAUCGAGCCGCGCUGAAUCUCUAUAAGAAUUCACUCAAAUUCGAAACCGUGGAGAUCGAACCGAAGUAUUACGCUGACGGUGAAGAUGCAUACUCCAUGAAGCGAGAUUUGUCCGAAUUCAAUCGAAAAACACCGAAGAAUAACGCAAAAGACGGGAAAAACGAAGAGUAAUGCAAUGUACUGACCUUUUUUUGUAUAAAUAUAAUGUUUAAAUGCUACUGUGGCAAUCAUUUGUUUUUGGAUAGUUUUCUUAUUAUGUACGUGAUAUUAUUCAACGAAUCAAUCAAUAUAAGUUUUUUGUAUGGAUGAACUUAGAGGUUGUGUUUAACUCUAAGCUAGGCAACUCAACAAACACAAAUAGUGUUGCUAAUUUCAUUAGAACUUGUAAGGCUUAGAUUAAUUUCUUUAUAAUAAUUAAACAUUCUAAAAAUA